GAUCAAACAUUGAAGAUGUCUUCUGCUGUGCUAAGCCCGUCCUGUUGUAAUAUACUUAAUCUGAAGGUUUGCUUCAUUCUGCUUGUAAUACUUAAUGCAUCGUCGGGAGCAAUACAACCAAAUAUUGUUUUUAUACUUACGGAUGAUCAAGAUGUGGCCUUGUUUGGCCAGGUAAGUAAAUGUUAAAUCAAUUCAGAAGUGUCUUCUUAAACCUUCAUAAGGCAUAAGGCAGGGCCGUGCCAAAAUGUAGGUGAGGGGGGGGAGGGGGGGUGCUAGCCCCGGGCGUCAGCUUGGAAGGACAGUCAGGGUUAAAAUCGUCUUUAGUUAGGAAGUUAAUAUUGUAUUAAAGGAUAAAAUCCUGGUAAUCCACCACUUGAGACUUGAGCGUCGGCUACGAAAAAUCCAGGGAUUCCGGUUUUGAAGUGCUAUUUAAACUAUUAAUAUUUCGCUAGGAAAUAUCACCAUGGACAGUAGAGAGAGGGUCACUGAGUUUUCGAUAUAGUGAGAGUGGCGGCUGUUUUAUUAUUGAAGUGCCAGACAGAUGUGUGAUCACGUUGCAAGAGUGUAUAGAAAGAUAUAUCCUUCUACUUCUAGACCCACUGAUUGUGAGCGGCCAUUGUGGUGCGUCAACAAACUUUUGUUGAUCAAUUUGUUUAAAUUCUUCUUUUUUAAAAAUUCUGAAAUUGUUUUAAUUUUUAUAUUAAAAAAAAUUUUCCUUGGAGUAUUCCUAUUUUAUAGCCUAUGUGCUGAAAUGAAUAAUUACAAUGUCAUAAAAAUAACAUUUCUUUUUUUUUCCCUUAUAUUUGGGGGCUCACGGUCAGUUUGUUGAUGAUUCUGGCUCCUGGUUUGAAUUCAGAGUUUGCCUUCUCUUAGAUGAGUUGCCGUCCAAGGCAAAGAAGUCCCAUCCACCCAAGGGUGCUUGGGAUAUUGGCUUGGGUCUUGGGUGGGGAUUGAACUCCAGCUAUUUGGUUUGAGUCAGUUUAGACCGCUCGGCCACCCAGCACAUAAUUCUUUAAAUAGCAUUUUAAACCGGAACAAAUUGAUUUUUUUCAUAGCAGAUACCCAAAAUCCCAUGUAAUUUUAAAGACAAGCUUUGCAAAAAAAUCGCUUUUUACUGGUCAGUACCUGGGGGCGCUUUUUUCUAUAUAAUUAAUAAAUAUUAUAGGAAAUCCCUUAUUUUAGUGUAAUAAAUUCAAUAAUUAAAUUUUGUAUUCAUAUAAUCAGCUUAUUUCAUUAUUAAACAUAUUUUUAGUUGAAACUAUGAUCAGUUUUUUUUUAACUUUAUUCAAUUAUGUGUACGCUGCAUUUGUCAGAAAUCAAUUUAUAAACCCUCUCCAAAUACUUUAAGAGACCAUCCUUUUUAAAAAAAACAACUUACCUAGUUACUAGUACAAAAAAGUAUGUGAGUGGGAGGAGGGGCAGGUUGGUUGGGAAGGAUUGAGGUUAUACCAUCAGUUAAUACAUGUACUUCAGACCCCACUGUAAGCUGACGCCUGUGAGUCUGACUUAAGUGUCUAUUUUUCCACCUUACUUUUAUCAUAUGACUAUGGAUUUGGUGAGCAAUAAAUAUAUGUUAUAGUAAAUAUUAAGUGUUUUAAUGUGGUUCUAUCUGAAAAAUAGGAUGCCUAUAAUUUAUUUCAGUAAAAAUAAUAAAUUUCACUAAAAUAAGGGAUUAUUGACUGUUAAUUUAUACUUCAUUCACUCCUUAUCAAUUAUUGUGUCCAAAGAGAUACCUUAAUAUAAUGAAACAAGCACUUUAACAACUUCCAUGUCAAUAUUAUUUUGUUAACCCAUUGACAAUUCACAUGUACUCACUUUUGUGUUCUCACUGACACCAAACACAAUGUCACUCAUCAACCAUCAAGUAAUGGAUCUACCUCAAAAUUUGGCCCAAUUACCAUCAGUUGUUCCCUUACCCAAAAGAAAUAAAGAAAUAACUUCAUGCUACACAAUAUAAUAUCAACAAAUCAAGGUUAUAAAAUAAGUGCCAUAUACAUCACUAAUGAACACUUAUCCAUCAUGUAUUCUGUGACAAAUAUCCACCUUCCAAGAAUUUUUUCUAUUACUUGACAAUUUCUAAAUACACAAAGCUCGUUCAAGUACCAAAACAUUGCUUAUUUCAAUUUAAUCAUAAGCGCUUCCCCCCCCUACCCGUUUUCCACAUUAAUCAAGAGUUGUCAUAAACCUCAUCUACCAAUUUAAACCCAUGGCUUUUGGAUCAACAAUAUCAAAUAAUUUACUACUAUUCAAGUUGACAGCUAAUAAGCCUUGCAUGUGGUGUCUUGUAAGGAUAUUAAAGAAAAAACAUUCAUUGGUGUUGAACAGCAAACUGUUAUCAAGCUCUCAAAUCCUUAACUUUUAAAAAAAAAGCAACAUCUACUUUAAAAAAUAAACAAGGCAGUAUUACUAUUAGCAAUAUGUUUGGUAUCCAAAGCAGAAAUAUUGAAAUAUUGUGAGUUCUUUAUCAUGUGUUGUUUCCGGCAUCUGAAUGACUGUAAGGUUAGGUGUAUGGAAAACAGGUUAUAAGUACAGACAAGUGGGCUAGAGUUCAGAAAAUGAACACCAUUCCCAUCACUUGGGGUAGGUAGGAGGCUUACACGUCCCUUUUUUUUUUUUUUUUUUUUUUUUUUUUUUUUUUAAUACCAAAGAAAGGAUGGUGUGUUUUUUUUCUUCCUUAUAUGAAAUCACAAAGCCCUUGUUAUUUGUUAUGGAGACUAAGCUGAAUCCCAGUCUGCAUACCCUUCCCCCACCCCCUCUACACAGCUGUAAUUUUUAUUUUCCAUUUUAUUAUGAGUCACUAAUUUUUAAAUUGAUUAUAUUUUUAGUACCCUAUGCCAAAAACAAAGCAGCUAAUUGCAGAUUUUGGAAUGACAUUCACAAACAUGGUAAGAAAGAUCAAAUGUUUAUGGAGUUUAAAUUUUGUUAAAAGCAAUUUCUUUUACUGCUUUAAUUGUUAUUUAUACAAAGAACAACUUGGAGCUUUUACUGUUUCCUUAACUUCAAGAUAUGUUACUAUAUAUAUAUAUAUAUAUAUAGCUUACUAUUGGUUUAAUCUAUGUUACACAGUUUGUCACAAGUCCACUGUGCUGUCCCAGUCGAUCCAGCAUUUUAACUGGACAGUUCAUACACAACCACAUGACCACAAAUAACAGCUUAAAUGGAAACUGCAGCAGUCCUGCCUGGCAGAGUGCUGGAGAAAAGAAAACAUUCCCCACUUUCCUGCAAGGCAGCGGUUAUAAAACAUUCUUUGCUGGGAAAUACCUCAAUCAGGUAGCAUCAAAAGUUAGCUGUUACUAAUAUAUUGGUUUGGAACAAAUUUGUCAUUUUCUGCUGGAAAAUAUAUUUUGUAUUUAACUUUUUGUUUGUUUAUUUGUAUAAUUGUUCAUUUAAAAAAAUGGUGAUUAUGUUUUUCCUGUGCCUGAUUCUGUCAUAAUAUGCUGUGAGAAAUAUUUCAACUGUAGGGUUUGCUGUUAUAAAAUGUUUUUGUUGUUGCUCAUCUCAGGGCAAUGUUUGAGUCUUACACCAUGAGUCAGAUUCAUACAACUUUUCAUUGAUGAUAAUCUUAAUGCGCAUUGUGAUCAGGUAUGAGAAUCACUGCAAACAUUUUAAUAAUUUUAAUUGGGAUAUAUAUGUUGAUGUGAAUUGUAAUUUGGUUUCAGUCAAACGGGAGCUUGAAUGUAUAGUGCCAGAAAUGGGGCUGAUUAGAGAGUAUAAACAUAGAGGGCAUAUAUGAUUAGAUUAGAGAGUAUACUAUACCCAUGGCUGUGAUUAGAUUAGAGAGUACGAAAAUAGAGAUUAUAGUUAUUCGAUUACAGAGUAUACCCAUUUAUGGCAGUGAUUAGAGAUUAAUAAUAAUUUGAGACAAAGCUGAAGUAUAUAGUGCAAUUGAACCAGUCAUACAGCGCAGUAACUUUGAGUGUGGACUGCUUCAUUGACAAAUGCUGUUUUGCAGAAGUUAGUGUUACACAAAUGGACUUAAAUGAUAGAGUUGACUGUUGAGCCUUUUAUAUCUUUAGGAGUAAUCAGAUAUAUCAGAACGAGUGUCCUGUGAAGUUAGGGAGAAAAUCAUGUCCUGUUGUCUUUUUGACAUCAACAAAAGUAUGAAUUAAUUAACAGUGAAAUUUUUUCAGACCAGAGAAUUUCUUUGGUUAUUGUGUGCAACUAAAGUCUGCAUAUCUGACUAGAGGUUUUCAUUGAUAAUUGUGUAAACUGACGUCCACUGACAUUGUGUACAAUGAAAAUUGACCAAUUAUUGCGUACAACUCAAGCACAACUGAUUUUCACUGAUUGCUGUGUAGAUGGAAGUCAACUGAUUAUUGUGUGCUACUUAAGUCCACGGUCUAUUGUGUACAGCUGAAUUUCAAUGAUGGUUGUAUAAACGGAAGUACACUGAUAAUUGUGUGCUACUGAAGUCCACUGAUUGUGUGCUACUGAAGUCUCCAGAGAAUCAUCACAUCCUAAACAGUAGAUCUUAAACAUACACAACACAAAACCAAUUAUAUCAUUUACUGCUAUUAAUUGUAGUAUGUCACACAAAUCUAUAUUAUAUUAUGUCAAAUACAUAAUAAUAUGGCGUUGAUAUUUUUUAUUAUUUUAGUACCAUAAAUUGAAAUUCUGUUUUCAGUAUGGUACUCUGCAGGCUGGGGGUGUGGCUCAUGUUCCACCUGGAUGGGAUGAAUGGAAUGGAUUGGUCAGUAGCUUGUCUUGAAUGUCAACGUGUACAUUAUGGGCUCAGUGGGGUUUUUUUUGGACCAAUUGCAAAUAAACUUCUUGGAAUAUUUAUUGUAUAAAUAUGAAAGUUUAAUCUUUAUGUUUGUGGGUGCAGCCUACCUUUGGCAUAGUUUUAAAGAUUAUAUUGUUAUGUCCAUAUAUUCAUAGAUUAAGUUAUACUACCCUGAGUGAUUCCCCUCCUCUGACCGAUAAACGAUCUUGCUGGCUGCCGUCCAUGGUUUGCCUUGUAAAAGUUAUGUGGUGGGGUGGGUGAAUAUACAUUUUUUUGCUGUUCUUUAUUUCAUAAAUGUAUUUUAUUUUAAUGUCAUGAUUAUGUCUCUUUUGAUAAAAAUUUUAUGUACAGCGUGGUGAGCCCAGCCCUAAGCUGGGGUACCGUGCUAUUUAAGACCCCUUAUUAUUAUUAUUAUUAUUCACAGAUUAUGUUGUUAUGUACAUAGAUAUAGAGACUAUUUUUUUGUCCAUAGUUAACGAUAUUGUUUUGGCCCAUAGAUAUACUCUGAUUAUACAGAUUAUGUUGCUUAAGUCCCGAGAUUAUUUUGAUAUCUCUACAGGUAGGCAACUCUGUCUACUACAACUACACGCUGUCUGUCAAUGGCAAGGCAGUCAAGCAUGGGGACAACUAUGCUUCAGACUACCUCACAGAUGUCAUUGUAGGUUCAGUCAACUACCAUCUUCUUACUAUCUCACUGAUGUAACUGUCAGUUAAGUCAACCACCAUCUUCUUACUAUCUCAUUGAUGUAUUUGUAGGAUCAGUCAACUACCAUCUUCUUACUAUCUCACUGAUAUUGCUGUCAGUUCAGAAAAUUUAAUCUUUUUGUUUUCUUACAUUUAAAAAAAUAUAGCUAGAAUACUUAUGACAUGUAUAGUUUUUUUGUAAUUUGUUUGUUUCAAAAACAUUUAAUAUAAAUUGUGGCUAAGCACAAUUCAGUUAUUCUUGUGUAGUAUUUUUAAAUAGGAUAAAAUAAUUUUGUCUAAGUUUUGAAGUUGGCUGUAUUUAACAUGUGAGAGUGUUUGAUUGUGGAUUUCUCAGAUGAAUUAUAAAAAAAACAAAAAAACAAAAAACUUUCAUUACAAUUCUUGAUGACAGCCUUUCAUUAAUUUUGCAUCUGCCAAGAACCACAACUUAUGUUAUACAGCAGAGUUGUGUUCUCAUUAAAUUUUAGCUCCCAUUGUUGUUUCAGAAUUUCAAGACCAAUUUGUUAAGAAUUACUAUUUUUAUUAGUGUUGGGAAAGAGAACAUGCCCCCACCAGUGACAGACUUGCAUCAAAAUUUGUUGUCAUGCCUCAGAAAACCUCUUUUUCUUCUAAGUAACUCUUUGUUGAAAAGGGGAUGAUAAGUCAUUCAUGUAAUUUUGCUAAAUCUAUUUUUUUUUAAAAUCUUAUUUAGACAGAAAUCUGUAUGUGUGAAUUUUUUUUUUAACUCAUCUCAAGCAUAAAAAAGCUCAAAAAUUUUUAUCGGCACAAACUUCAAAGAAGCCAUUUUUUAUGAUGCUGUCAACUCCAGCCUGUCACCAGCCUUUUACCCCUGCACCGCAGUACAUGAAGAAUUUCUCCAGUGUAAAGGCACCCAGGACCAAACACUUCAAUGUCCAUGGCCAGGUGAGUGACCCCAAACACUUUUAUAACAUUGCGCACAAAUUUUACCUCGUUUACUAAACAACCCCUGUAAUGGUUACCUAAGGUAAUAUAAUUUUAAAGAAGAAUAUUAGCAUAAAUUUCCAAGGGGUUAAAACAGCCAAUAAAGCAGGUAUUGUUUUGAUCAGGUUUUUUUAAUGGAAGAAUUAUUUGACUUUAUUUUAUCAUCUACAAUUUUUUUUUUUUUGUGUAAGAGUUGAUUUGCUUAGUUUUUAACUUACCUGGGUCACUGGCAGGUUUAUUAAGCUGUUUAUGCCACAAGUGUAUGUGUGUGUUUAAGUGUGUGAACUGGGAGCAUGCCGGUGAUAUUUUCAAGCUGAGGCCUGGGAUCAGAGUUUCCUAUGCAUGAAGAUGGAAACAAAUUUUGGCUGAGCUUUGGAUGCCAACCACUGGCAUAGAAAUGUCUGUUUCAUUUUAUGGCAUCCAAUCCUUUAGAAAUAGGCCAUGUGAAAUUGGUGACCAAAUAUUAGUCAAAUAUAAAUUUAAAUACAUGUCUUUUUUCUCUAGUUCUAAAUGCCUGUUGCUUCCUACAUUUUUCUCUAGUUCUAAAUGCCUGUUGCUUCAUACAUUUUUUCCUCUUAGUUCUAAAUGCCUGUUGCUUCAUACAUUUCAUAACCAGGACAAGCAUUGGUUAAUAGAACAAGCCAUUACACCCAUGCCUAAUGAUACCAUUACCAUGAUAGAUGAUUUCUUCAGAAACAGGUCAGUCAAUAUAGUCCCAUGAGAUUAGUUCUAUUGGGCUUUUUUUGAAUAGUUUUUAAAAUUUGUUAAUAUCAUGCAGAAAUGAUUAACCUUUUGAAUUACUUAAAAGAUACUACAAUUAGUUAUUAGACAUUAAAAUAAAACCUAAUCUGUCACAAAUUUGUGAUGCUGCUUUGAUUUCAUUAUCAAAAGAUUCGCAAUAACAAUUUUUGUGUGAAUGUUUGAUAACAUUCUAUUAUAGUUCAAUAGAAAUAGCCCUGAGAAAAGUUUGCAUUAACUUAAAGUAUCUGAAUCAUAUUUAUUUGUAGAUGCCCCGUGAUGCAUCAUUUGAGAAUCACUGGUAUUGAUUGUAUUCAUUACUUUUAAUUUUUUUUCUACCAAUGAGAUAAUGUGUUUAGACUUGCAGAAGGCUUAUAUAUUAGACCAAAUAAUUCUAUGCUAAAACCACAUCCAAAUGACAUGACAGAUUUAUUAAACCAAAUAAUUCUAUGCUAAAACCACAUCCAAAUGGCAUGACAGAUUUAUUAAACCAAAUAAUUUCAUUCUAAAACCACAUUUAACUGACAUGACAGAUGGAGAACUCUUCUGUCUGUGGAUGAUAUGGUAGAGGGAGUCAUCAACAAACUGAAGGCAAUGGGUCAGCUUGACAACACUUAUGUGUUCUUCACAUCAGACAACGGAUAUCAUUUAGGUCAGCCAAUACAUUAAAAACACAUCAGACAUGGUUAUCAUUUAGGUAAACCAAUGGUUGCACAACACAUCCUACAAAGCUUAUCCUUUAGGUAAGCCAAUAGUUUAAGAGCAUCAUAUCAGACAACGGAUAUCAUUUAGGUCAACCAAUACAUUAAAACACAUUAGACAUGGCUAUCAUUUAGGUAAGCCAAUAGUUUGAGAGCAUCAUAUCAGACAACAAGUAUCAUUUAGGUCAGCCAAUACAUUAAAAACACAUCAGACAUGUUAUCAUUUAGGUAAGCCAAUGGUUACACAACACGUCCUACAAAGCUUAUCCUUUAGGAAAGCCUAUAGUUUGACAACACGUCCUACAAUUGUUAUUAUUUUGGUAAGCCAAUAGUUUGAGAGCAUCAUAUCAGACAAUGGUUUUCAUUUAGGUAAUCCAACAGUUUAACAACACAUCAGACAAUGGUUAUCAAUAAGGUAAAUAGUUUGAAAACACAUCAAAUUACAUUUAUCAAAUUAGGUAAACCGAGAGUUUGAUAGCAUCAAAUCACUGUUAUCAUUUCAAUGAAGCAAUAGUUUGGCAACACCUAUGUGUUCUUCAAACCAGACAAUCGUUUGUGCCAAUACAGACUGUAAGCCAUUGAGAUUGAUUAGGGCCAAUGAAGAACUUGAUGAUGUGGAGAGAUUUAAAAAAAGUAAUUUCAUGAUAGCAAUCCUAAUGAAAGGACGAUUGAUGAUGACUUAGCUAAUCCUAAGCAGAGAAAAGUUUUAGUAUUAAAAUAUGAAAUAAUAUGCAAACCAUAUCUAUUCUAAGACAUUUUUUUUUCAAAUUUUACUUGUCACCUAAGGCGUUUUUUAAGUUUUUUUUUUUUUUUACACCAAUUUCAGUGUUGUUUAUCAUUGCUUUUGUAUUGCAGGCCAGUUUUCAUUACCAUUAUAAUAUUCAAACCAUAUCUAUUCUAAGAAAUUUUUUUUUCAAAUUUUACUUGUCACCUAAGGCGUUUUUUAAGUUUUUUUUUUUUUGUACACCAAUUUCAGUGUUGUUUAUCAUUGCUAUUGUAUUGCAGGCCAGUUUUCAUUACCAUAUGAUAAGAGACAGUUUUAUGACUUUGACAUCAGGGUGCCUCUGAUGGUGCGUGGUCCAGGAGUCAAAGCCAACACUACAUCUGAGGUAAGAUGUUUGGGUCUAGAUACACAUUGUUACCAGGUCAGAUUCUUGGUAUUAGCUUAGUACCUUGUGUCCACCUAACUCUGGAUACACAGGUCAGAUUCAGGGCGUUUGUACAGUACCUUGUCUGAAUACACAGGUCAGAUGAAGGAAAUUAAUAUUCACUUGUUAAAGUUGUAGAUGUUUCUGACUUCUUUUUUUUUAAUUACAAAAUUAUGAAAAAAAUUGACGUUUUGCAAGUUUUUCAUUAAAUUUGUUACAUUAACUGAUGUUGCUAUCUUAAUUGCGCCAUUUCCAAACAUAUGGAUUCAAGCUCAAUCCUCAGGAAAAACCAAGACAAGCAAUAAAACAUCCCCAGUUGGAUGGGACUCAUUAACCUUGGAUAACAACUCAUUUAAGAGAAGGAAAACUCUGAAUUCAAACACAGAGAAGGAGUCCCAUAGGCGGUAUGACAUUAACUCAAUGAAAAAUCCAGCAACUCCUGCAACAUUCCUGUGCUGAACUGCUAUCAUCCACACUUCAUUUUUCUUGAGUUCACCAGAUGUGCGGAGAGAGCGCAUUUGCUGACUAGGGAACCAGCUUUUUCCCCUGAAGAAAUAUGUCCGGCAAAGUCUACGCCAUCUUCACAUUGAAAUGGACAGGUGCCCACCAAAAAAAAAAAAAGACAUGAAUUAUAGUUUCUAUAAUUAUAAAAAAUUUCUCUAACUGGCAGCCCAAACAGCUAAUAUUUUGGUCAUUUAUUUUUAAAUUUUUUUGUUUAAUAUUUGUGAAAAGCAGGCCCAAUUUUUUUAUCACGCCCUAAUUAUACUAUAUUAAAAACAACUAAUGACUUCAACUGUUCUUUUUUUGCCUUCUGUGCAAAUUUUCAUUUUGUGAACUCUGAAAAAGGUCAAGACUAAAAGUCUGAAGAUCUCAGGUUAACACAUUAGAUCGACUUAGUGCAGAUUGUGAAAAAAAAAAGCCUUCUUUCCCCAUGACUUUUCCUCCAAUUUGAGGAUCUCUGGUUAACACGUUAUAUCCAAAUAGCAUAGAGUAAAAAAACGAGCUAUCCACAUGAAUUUUUACCACAGUAUGGGGGAAAAUAAGGUUAUGAAACAGUAAACUCAAUAACUUUUUCAAGAUGGACAAUAUUUAUUGCACUUUCUUUAAUUUAAAUAAAUGCAUCUGUAUUAUUACAGCUAGCAUAAUUAACAGAUGAAUUAUGUAUAAUAACAUCUAAAUUGCUAUCAAAUUCAUCAUUCGAGUCCAUUUUUGACAAAAUUACCCAAAUUGAUAUGCAUUAAAAAAAAUGAAAAAAAACUCAAAACUUUAGGACAAUCAGUCUUUACACAAUCAUACUUUCAUUUAAAAGUUGUUCUUUAUCCAAUUUGGAAGUGAUCUAAGUAUGCAUGCACAGCUAAGUGGGAAAUCAUUCAUAAAUUUUUCUUGUUGCUUUGUUAUAUAGUUGCCAGUCAGCGUUGUGUCGAUAUUAGGUGUUAAGAAGCGCUCUUAUACUGUUGCUGAACUAUACAGGAUGAUAAACAUAUAUAUAUAUAUAAAUAAUUUGCAAUAUAACAGCCUUAUGCACUUCCUUGUGUGAUGAAGUAAAGCUUAUUGAGCUACGUGUUAAUGGCUGUGAACUUGUCCUAUCAUUUCAUAACAGGAGCUUAUCAUGUCUGUGGAUUUGGCGCCAACCUUUACUGACAUCGGGAGUCUGUCGCCAGCUGUGGUCAAAAAUUUUGAUGGCAUGUCUUUCCUCAAACUGCUUAAACCACAGUCUGUUGUUGUGAGGCCUAGGCUAAGGAAAUCUCUGCCUAACAUGUGGAAGAAGCGAAAAAGCUCACAGUCUAUUAAAGGGGUUGAACAAUUUUCCAUUGAGCCAAAGAUGAUGAGAGAGUCUAUUGCAGAAAUGAAACAUUGCAGAUCUUGGCAUCCAGUUACUGGUAAAUGUAUGAGCCUUAAACAUGUCAAGUCUUUGGAUGUCAAGGAUGUCCAUGAAUUUAGUUUCCGAGAUACAAUCUUAGUUGAAUAUUUCGGUGAACAUGAUGGGGAAAUACCCGGCUGUCCCAAGUACACCAAUCAAGGCCUGUCUGUGAGUUUGGCCCAAGAUUGAUCCAACCUGGCGUAUAUAUUGUUGCCUUCUGCUUUGCUUGGCUUCUGUUUUUGACAGAUUUUUUUAGCAUGAAAAAGCUAAAUAAUAUUAAUAUUUUUUUUCCCUUUCAUAAAGCUAUAUUAAAGGUAAAAUAAAGUAUCACAAUUUGAUUACAGUUUUGAUAUUUAUCAAUUGCCUUUGUCUUUCAACUAAUCCAAACUUUAGAAGGAGUAAAUAGCUUUUAAAAAAAAAAAACCUUAUCAAUAGUGGCAUCAUAAGCUCUUUAGAAUCUGCCCAUGUAUAAUAACAUCCACUGAAUGCAAUGACUAAUCAACUUGUCCUGAAAUAGUCUAUUGACACUACUGUUAUAGUUAAACAUGACUUAUUGCAGACAACCACUUAACAUUAAAAAAGUUUGAAUUUUUCAAAAUUAAUUUGUUUAAAAAUUAUUUAAUUACCUACUCUUUAAAUUUACACCAUGCAUAUUUCACAGACUCAUUAAUUAAUUCAUUACAUAUUUCACAGACUUUUUAAUUUGCUCCAUACUUAUUUCACAGACUUUUUAAUUUACUCAAUAAUUAUUUCACAGACUUUUUAAUUUACUCAUUACUUAUUUUCGUGACUGGCUAUUUCAUUUCUUCAAUAGCUUAAAAAUUAUAAUGCAGAAAUUUAAAAAAUGGGUACUUUAAGAAACAGAUACUUGAGAAGCAAACAUUAAACAUUAUAAAUGUGUGCUGACUGGAAAUGCAAAUAAUUGAAGUAAAUAUAUCUUUCCUACUCAAAUAUCCCCAAAAUAUCCCUAUCAUUCUUUCUGUUAUUAGCAGGGACAAUCAGGGACAACAUAAUUGAAAAACUUUACUAUUUACUUAUCAUCUAACACUAUUAGUUCCCUCACAAUUUUUGGACACAUUAUUCCAAAAUUUACAAUAUAGUUCCUGCUCUGCACACUAUCCUUAUUCUAUUUGAAGUGCUCACAAAUAUUUAUGUACUCCUUACGACCUGUAAAAAUUCCUCAGCGUGACUUGUUUGCUUUUCAUCCUGUUCUUCCAACAACCUUCCCUAAUAAUCAUGACCACCCAAGUUUUCCUCGCUCUGCUUCAUCUACAGGAAAGUAUAAUGAAUGUGGAUUUAGCCCCCACAUUUCUAGACUUGGCUAACCUGUCAGCCCCACCCAUGUUUGAUGGAGCGACCUUCAAACCAAUUCUGGAGGGUCAACCGCAUCCUUUCCGUGCCACAGUGCUCGUGGAAUACCAUGGUGAACAGUCAGAGGAUGUGAACAAUUGCCCUAAGUACAAGGACCAGGGUCUCUCUGUAAGUCUUUGACUGAAUCAUUGAACCAUUGCCCUAAGUACAAUGACCAGGUUCUCUCUGUAAGUCUUUGACUGAAUCAUUGAACCAUUGCCCUAAGUACAAUGACAAAGGUCUGUCUGUAAGUCUUUGAACCAUUGAACCAUUGCCCUAAGUGCAAUGACCAGGAUCACUCUGUAUGCUUAUGUCAUGAAAAUUAUGUUAAGGACUAAGAAAAUAUUUUCAUUUUCUUUUAAAAAAUGCCUUUUUUUCAUGCAUUUUUUGUUUAAACAUUACAUUGUAUUUAUUAAUUUAAUGGAUGAAAUUUUUUUUAGACUUCAUCUUUAUCCAAAAAUUCAAAUUGUCAUUUUUACUGUUGAUGGAAUGAAUUUUAACACUGAAAUAGACAUUUGUUCAACCCACCCUUGACCCCAUAAGUUGCUGCUUGGAGAAAUACAAUCUGCUUUCAAAUAUGCUUGUUAUUAUAUCAUGCUUUAUGCUUCCUAACCUUUAAACUUUAAUUUUAAAAUAUAAUUUGCUUUGCUUGUCUAUUUUGCCUGGAUGGCUCAUGCAUAUUCUAUGUAAAGACAAAGUUUUGGUCUUUUUUAUAGUCUCUUACCACAUUUAAACUUAAAAAUAUAUGAAAAAGAAAGAAUGGAACUGAUUUACAAAUUAUGAAAAUUAAUUUUAAGGGACAUCAUGUGAAACGUAUAUUUGCAAAAAGAUCAACCUUAUUUGUGUUUGUUAAAUGAAACCAGUAGGAAAUUUUCAAUAAGUGUCUAUUAAUUCACUAUGAUGAUAUCAUCUUGGUAACAUUUAGAUUCUAAAAUAUUCCAGAUCCCCACAAUGUUGAGAAAUGUUCCAUUAAUUGAUUAGUUUAUGAUAUCCUCCCAUCAUGACAGAACUGUGACAGCCACUGUGUCUGUGAAGACUCUUGGAACAACACAUAUGGCUGCAUACGUUACGAGACACAGCAGGAGAGUUACAAAUAUUGCGCCCUGCAGGACACUGAUGUAGGUCAUAGCUUAAUGGGCAAGGGAUUUUUUACUCAUGUUUGUAGGUCUAUGUUUGUCACUUAUGUCACAACCAUCAGUGGCUUAAAAGUAUUGGCACAUGUGAUACCAUUCCAAACCAAUGCCGUCAAUUAUUUCAGUACUUUUUAUUCAAUCAUCAAAAGUAUUAGCAAUAAUAAAAUUUUCUGGGCUUCGACUUCCAAAAUAUAUGUAACAUAAAAAAUUUUGUAAAGAGCAAUAAAACAAAAGGAAUUGCACAACAUUUUAUUAAUUUUCUAAACAUUAAAAGUACAAUCUGGAGUGUAGAGAAAUGUAGUCAAUGAAGUGAAGAGAAAUAAAGCCAUUGGAGCAUAUAGAAAUAAGGCCAUUGGAUCAUAUAGAAAUAAGGCCAUUGGAGCAUAUAGAAAUAAGGCCAUUGGAGCAUAUAGAAAUAAAGCCAUGGGAGCAUAUAGAAAUAAAGCCAUGGGAGCAUAUAGAAAUAAAGCCAUUGGAUCAUAUAGAAAUAAGGCCAUUGUAGCAUAUAGAAAUAAAGCCAUUGGAGAAUAUAGAAAUAAGGCCAUUGUAGCUUAUAGAAAUAAAGCCAUUGGAGCAUGUUGAAAUAAGGCCAUUGGAGCAUAUAGAAAUAAAGCCAUUUAAAAACCCGUUUUAUAUUAUUCAUGUUUGCAGAAUUUUGUUGAAGUCUACGACAUGAGAGCCGACCCAUAUGAACUUACCAACAUUGCAAAGACAGCAUCGCCAGAUCUCUUGACAAAGCUGAGCCAGAAUCUUGCUGAUCUGUCCCUGUGUGCUGGUGUCACCUGUCACAAAAAGAGUGAAUAUUCCGUCAUAACAAAUUAAUUGUUCUUGUUAUUAACAAUUUUCUUACUUUUUUUUUGUUUGGUUACAAUUUUUCUUUACAUACCCAAAACUUUUAGAACUAAAAAUGAAAUGUACACUAUCUUUGAGAAAUAAUCAACAAGAUAUUGAGGGAGACUCUUCUGAUUUUAUAAAUCUUUUCAAUUUGUUUGGUGGAACUCCCUGGAUUUGAUGUCAUUUAUGAAAAUUUAAAUUUGAUCAAAUUUCCUUCAAAAGCUUAUCACUGCAUUAACUGAUCAAAGAAUUUGUAACUCAGAAAAUGCUUUAACUUAAAUGCUAAAGUUGAUCAGAUAUUUUUCUCAUCCCCUUUUUGCUAUUUUUAAUUGGAACAUGAGAAGUUCAUUUUAAUUUUUUUUCUAAGAGGGUUCAAUUUUUAUUUCUUUUACUUUCUUUAGAUUUCAAUUUGGAGUCUCCUUUAAAAAUUUUAUUUCUAGUAUUGGGACUUUAACUUCACAAUUAUAAAUGUGAUGUGUGCCUGGAAUUGGGUGGUAACUCAAAUGUGAAACUUUAAUUUAGUUCCAUUGAUAAUGCUGGGAUUUUAUUAUAUGCCUUUUCUUGGAUUUCUCUGUCUGUUUGUUAGUUUGUGUGUGUUCAAAUCUUGCAUCUCAAUAUCGACCCACAUCCUGAUCUCCAACUGAGCUGAAACUUUGUACACUUACCCAGCCCCGAUGACAAUAGAACCCUUCAUGAUCAGUAGGUCACCAGUGACCUCCACUGACCCUUGUGUGACCUCUGCAUUAAUAUCAGUGCACUAUUAUGCCAGGUCCCAAUUCAUUCAGAACUAUCAUGUUUGUUCAUGAUAUUACUACUCCCUACGGUAUAAUACACAAAAAGUAUUACCACUUUUUAAAAAAAAUUUAAUUUUGUACUCUUCUGAAAUCAUGUUCCAGUAUAUUAGCUUGUGUUUUACAUCUUCCAGGACUAAAAGGUACAAAACAACACAUGUAUUUUCAAAAAAAUGUUCUAAGAGCUGUACCAUAAAUGCCCCCCAAAACCUCACAGUUGUCACAGUCAUAUAUGACCCAAAAAAAAGUGCGGGGCGCCUAUGGACUCAAUGUUCUUAAAAAAUUGAAAAGACAUGCACGCAACAUUGUGUUUGUCAAGUCAUACGACAUUAUUGCAAGUUGUUGCUGCUAAAAAAAAAAAAUCAGUUUUUAUAUAUUUUGAUCGGUGGUAGUAGCGGUAAAUGUUUUUGUGGUGAAUUUUGUAUAAAUUAUGGGGUGGGUGGGGGGUGAUGAUGAUGCAGGAGAUGUUUUGAGAGGGAAAUUAGCCUUCAAAACUUUUAGAUCCAUGCCGUAAAACAGGGGUCACCAAACUACGCCCCGCGGGCCUGAUCUGGCCCAUGAGGGCAGUUCAUCUGGCCCAAUGACGGUAUUUGAAAUUUCUUGACAAAACGUAUGGAGCACAAGACCUUGUGAUACAAUUUAAAUUUCAAUAUUAUGUUUAGAAUACUUGGAGAUAUUCACACGUGCUGGCAGCUGUGCACCUUAAAUUUUCCAUUUUCAAUUUUAAAUUAUUGUAUCUAGAUUUUCUUGUUUAUUGCAGACUUGUUUACCCUCGAACUCCUAAAAUCGUACAAUAUCGUCUCAGAAUCGUACAAUAGGGUAUCUUAAUAGUAAAUAUAUAACAUACAGUAUAUUUAAUGAAUACAAUAAUUACUCGCAUCGCAGUGCCUAGUUGAAAUCGAGUUAGGCUGGUGUAAAAAAAGUUAACUGCUAAAAAUAUCGUACCGACCUUUCCAAUACAAUCUGCGGCCACUUUGUUUUGCAGAUGUGUAUUUGCUAUUGAUAUUCAUUUAUUUUUCAUGUGCAGAUCACAUUAUCUCAGUCUGUCAUUGGUAAAAAUAAAGUUACUGGUGACUUUUAACGUGGCCCAAACUCGAAGCCAGAUCAGCAUAAAACAUCUCCUUCUUUGAAAACUUUUUUAGUAAAUAAAUAUGUUUGCUGUCUUUGCUUUUUUUUGCAUUGCAGCCACUCACCCAUGAUUAACAGGGAAUACUAAACUUAGUUUUUCUUCUCUUAUCCCCAUAGCUUUGGUUCUAGCUUGCAUGUAUUGUACAGAAUGAUUAUCCGGCCUGCGCUCGUCAUUUUUUUACGCUAUCCCGCCCACCGUGAAAAAGUUUGGUGACCCCUGCCGUAGAGCACUUAUCAAGAUCAUGCCCACCCCCUGUUAAGUAUUUUAUGUUGCAUCCUUCUUCACGUGGUAGCCAUAAUUCUAUGAGUCCCAUCUCCACAUUUAGAUAUAAAUUCUCACAACUGUCAGUGUCACUGCACCCCAAUUCUUCUCCUCCAGGGCGUCAUGUAACUUCAUCAAAACCAUUUUUCAGACAUCGCAUAACUCAAAACCAUUUCUGUCAGUAAAAAUGACUGUGAUCAUAUUUUAAAAUUGUUAAAAUAAAAUAAUUAUAAUCACUGUAUAGAAGAAUAAUGUUAAAAAUGUCUGUAAGUGUUGGGUGAAAUUUUUUUUUCAAAUAACGUUCUGCUUUUUUUAUGUGACAUCCAAUUGCUUAAACCCUGCCCCAUCCUCACACAGUCAAAAAAAUUUGCCCCCCCCCCUCCUUUUCUGAUACAUGACAUCAUUUAUGGUUGGCCCCAAACUGCAUAAGAUUCAGUUUAACAAAAUAAGUCUUCGUUUUGGUUGAUAUUGCAGGUCAAUCCUGUUUUUUUAGUUUAUCGCACUUAAAGCAGAAACAAAAUGUUAUACUUUCAAUGGUACUAGAUUUGAAGUUAUUGAGACAUGUUGGAACGUUAUACUUCCAUAGAUACAAGAUUAUAAGUUAUUGAGAUAUGUUGGAAUGUUUGUUUGAUGGAGGCUAAGGAAUAACAUGUACUACAUGAAGAACAUUAGUGUGAUGUGGAUCAUUUGUCAAACUAUGCUUUAUCGAAGCAGGUUUGACAUUGUGUUUCUCCUGUCAUUUAUUUGUCUACUAACGACAUCUAGACUAUUGAUCAGGGUUGUAAUUUUUAAAAAUUAUUGGGCAUUAAUAUCAUCACUAUUAAUUUGUUUAUGAAUCACAAUUUAAGUCUCAAUCCAGAUAAAUAUUUCAUAAGAAUUUAGUUUUAAAAAUUUCAUAUUUUUCUAACAGGGAUGACUAGGCACAUACAAUUGUUUUUUUUUAAAAUAUUUUUUUGUAUUUUUACAUAAGUAUUUUUAAAUAUUUUAUUAAUGUUUUUUUUCUUCAAAAGUUCUGAACAAAUUGUUUAAUUUUUAAAAUGAUCUUUUUCUCAUCAAAUAACAAUUUAAAAUGUUUUAUUGCUGUGUCUGAACUGCAGGACUGAUUUGAUUACAAUGUACUAAAUGACUCUUAAAUUGUUUUGUAAAUCUGUCAAUUUUAUAUAAGUCCAUAUUUGACAUUAGUUCAGAAUUAUUUAUACUCGUAACUGUGUAUCUGCUUCCUCUAAGGAGUGCACUGAGUCUACCCCUGAUCUGUCCAGGGGUGUGCCCUUUAGCUGCGCACUGGGUUGUUUUAGUCAAAUAUGCUGCUCUGACCACACUGACUUCCCAGGGGAAAAGAAGUAACUGCCCAUGGUUCACACAUGACUGAAUGUUUCCAGGUACAAGAAGGGCUAAAAUACACAGAAAGUUAUCAUUCUACUUGAAGCUGUCUGAAUAUGUUUGAAGUAUGCAUAUAUUUAUUCCCAAAGUUGGAGUUUAUGUCUUUCACUGUGGCUUCAUUUUUUAUCACACGUCUCCUAAUGACAUCGAAGUAGCCUAAAGAUAUAACAAAAUACUUCUGUUGUCCUGCUUUUUUUGGUAUAUAAAUUUAAGCAAUUUUUACUCCACCUCUCUCACCCACUCCCCUCUAACUCCCACUCUACCCAUCGCAUUGUGUUGUAGCUAAAACUGUUAGAUAUUUAGUGUAUGGGGAUGAUGUGAUCACAUGAUGAAAGGAGGGUGUGAUCACAGGAUAUAGUGAUGAUGUUAUGAUAAUGUGAUCACAUUAUGAAGUGAUGUGAUCCCAUGAUGUGGUGACGAUGUGGUCAUAUGAUAUGGUGAUGAUGUGCGCACAUGAUAUGGUGAUGAGGUGAUCAUAUAAUAGGCUUAUGAUGUUAUGGUAUGAUAUCGUUACGAUGUAAUCACAUGACGUGGUAAUGUUUAAAAACUGUUGAAAAAUGUUGUUCUUGCCAAACUGACAUGAUGUUGUCAUUUCAACUCAUGUAAAUAAGUAUUAAACAAUUUCGUUUUUUUUCAACAUAAAAUUAUACAUGUUUAUGUAUUAUGCAAGAUGAUACAUAUUUACCUUAAUUCUAAAUGAAUGAUACAUUCCAUCUUUAGUCCAAUAGCACUACUUUUGUAAUGUUAAAUAUUUUAAUUAAGAGAUUAAAACAUAAAUUAAACUGUUAUAUACUUAAAAACACACAAAGUCAGCUGUUAACUUAAUACGCCCAUGACCUCUGCCUAGGACAUGCUAUAGAAGUAUUAGAAGCAUACUCUUUGCAUUAUAAGAGACUGCUUAUGGCAGAAAAUGUUAUUAACCUCCCAAAAGAUAUGGGAAAUCUUAAUGUUUUUAUUUAUUUAAAAUAUUUUUUGUGGUAACUUAUUUUAUCUUGAUUUGUUCAGAUAAAAAAAAAACAAUGGCAUUUGAUCACUUAAUAUUUUAAUUCUGCACGCCUUUCAGUUUGGCCUUUGCGGUUGUAGGCCGUUACACCUCAGUGACUGUGUAGAUACAAAUUGGCUGUUCAAAUUCCAAGGUGUUUCAAUGAUUUAAAUAUACUGCAAAAAAAAUGAUUUAUCAUGCAGGUGCUGUGGCUGUUUUGGCAUGCUCUCUUUCACUUUUGUUUGUUUCAAUAAUUCCAUUUGUGCAAACAAAAUUUAUAUCAAACAUUGGGCAAAUA